AUGCGGCUAAGAUCGAUCACCGGCACCUUAAUUUCUGACGUGUUUAUGUGUCUCGCCUCACAAGCAAGCUCCUCGGGGGGCCUCACGAAAAUCUCGGGGACUUUUCGUAAGCCGGAGUCAAUCAGACCUUUGACGCCGGCUUUUGUUUCGUCAAAGGCCUUUAGCAUUCUCAUCCGCUCUUCCGACGGUGGGGUAAAUUCCUACACAAUCAAUCAUAGUUUAGUGAAGCCAAAUUUUGUACAAGGUCAGCAUGUAGAAGUGAUAACGAAACAAGAAGAAACAGAAAGAAGUUGGGAUCUUCACACUCUCCAUUCACUAUUCACUGCAGCAGAAAUUGAAGCCAUAUUAAAGAUCAAGGGACUUGAUCCUACGGGAGAAGAUAGGCUGAUUUGGUAUGGAGAUCCUAAAGGCAAAUGUGCAGUAUCAACAGUGUAUUCUUCCCUCAUCGAGAGUUGUGGCAAAGAAGUGGAAACAUUGGAACAUCUUCUUUUUCAUUGUCCAAGAGCCUUAUCAAUUUGGAAACUUUCCCCGGUGAGAUGGGAUGGAGUAAGCCUCGACACUUCAUCAUUCAGAGGUUGGUGGACACAGCUUUGCUCCUUAGACAACUCUCCUAUAUCUAAUGAUUGUCUGCAACUUACUGCUUACCUUCUCUGGGAAAUCUGGAAAUCCAAGAACCACUGGAUAUUUCAGAAUUCUAGGAAGCCAGAGAACUUGGAGGCCCCCGAUUUGAUCCUGCAAGAGAAUUGUCAAAAAAGAAGGGUCUGUGUGCUUACUGGUGCCGAUGGUUAUGUCUGGCUGGGGACAAACCGGGUAAUAGUGCCCGAGAAAAGUGCCAUUCCUGCCACAUUCCAGGGAUCUCAGAUUUCAGGCAACUCAACAGGCUCAAUACUACCAAAAUUCUGCACUGAAAUCGCCAACGUGUCCCUCCAAUUGGCCGCACGCGACAGAUACAGAUCAAUAUUGCUGCCAAAUCUCACUUUCCGCGUCAUAUCGCGAGUGUUGAAUUCCUUUUUCACCUCGCCGUCUUGUUCGUGGAACUUCCUUAUCCCGUCCAGCAUAUUAUCCAGGACUUCCCGGGAUAUCCCGUGA